AUGGACCUAAAUUUUUAUUCGGAUCUGUCGGCCGGGACUGAACAGCCGGUCGAUUCAGAGUUCCUGGAUUCCCAGCCCUACAACGGAUAUGAUUCCGGUAAUAAGUUCCCAGGAGGCAGUGAAACCUACCUGACAAUUAGCGGGCCCAGCCAUCCUUUUCUUUCCUCUGAGCAGACCUUCCAUACCCCAAGUCUGGGCGAUGAAGAGUUUGAGAUUCCACCCAUUUCCUUGGAUCCUGACUCAGCCCUCAGCAUUGAGGAUGUUGAGGCCCACUUUGGAGAGUUAGCAGAGGGGUCUGGAAAUGUUGGGGGACAUGUGGGCACAAGCAACCUCGCCAGGAACGCUGUUGUGGGAGCAAAUGACCCCUCUUUUGCUUCCACAUUUGUGAACCCAUCAUCCCAGGGUCUGGAUCAUCUGACCUUGGGAAUGAUGAACCAGCCAGGAGGGGGUGCUCUUUUGGGCUCGGCUUUAGGCGUGGAUCUGGGCCACGCUGUGGGCUCCCAUUUCAGCAGCUCUUCUCCUGUAACAAUUGACGUCCCAUUGAAUGACAUAAACCACGGCCUAUUGGGACACAGUCAGCUCACAACCAUUGACCAAUCGGAGUUAAAUGCGCAGCUAGGGCUUGGCCUUGGAGGUGGGACUGCCUUAUCUCGUUCAAAGUCUCCUGACCAACCACUGUCAGCCACUCCUUCUCCUGCCGAGUCUCUCCAGGAUGAAGAUAUGGAGGACUUCAGACAGACUAUGCUGGUAGACUCUCCUGUCUCUCUCUCUGCUUCUCCCAUCGUUGUCUCCCACAUCCCCAACGUGACGGGCUCCACCCUGGCUCCAUCCACCUCCAAUAGCCCUGCCACAGUCAGAAGAGUGGGUGGCAAGCCUACCAUCGAGGCUAUGAGCACGGCAGGUACCGCAGCAGCGGCACUGGGGUCAAAGAAAGGGAAGAAGAAGAAGGACCCCAAUGAGCCUCAGAAGCCAGUUUCUGCUUAUGCGCUGUUCUUCAGGGACACUCAGGCAGCUAUUAAGGGCCAAAACCCCAACGCAACCUUUGGGGAGGUGUCCAAAAUAGUGGCCUCCAUGUGGGACAGUCUUGGGGAGGAGCAAAAACAGGUUUAUAAGAGGAAAACAGAAGCAGCAAAGAAGGAUUAUUUGAAAGCACUGGCAGCUUACAGAGCAAACCAGCUUUCAAAACCUUCUGUUGAGGUGAUAGACGCUGCUCCAUCCACCCCUCCGUCAGCCCCCAUGCCCGCGCCGGCCCCUCCCGUCCCGUCUGUCCGUCCCGUGCGACUCGCCCACAACCCCGACCAGAACACCAUCACCAACAUCUGUGCAUCUAACAUCAUCCUGGACAUACCCCAGGUCACCACUCGCUCUCGCACAGGCUCUCUGCCUCCAGCCCCCGUCUCCAACCCCGCCCCUGCUCCCACCGUCACCAAAAUCAUCAUCUCCAAACAGAUGCUCCAGCCCACCGCCGGCGCUCCUCUCUCAGCGGCGGGAGCAGCCGGUGCCCGCCAACCCCCGCCGCUCCAGCAAAUGCUGAACACCCCUCCUCCCCCGCGUCUCCAGCAGAUGGUACAUUCCCCUGCCCCACCUCCUCUUCAGGCUAAACCACGUGGAGGGGUAGGAGCUCCUGUGUCAGUCACAGCCACACCACCCCCUCCUCUUCAAAUCAAGAUCAUACCAGCCUCUGCACAGUCAGACAUGACCACACCCAUUAUUGUUACAUCAGCAACAGAUGGCAGCAUAACGGGCUCCUCAUCAGCCUUGGAUGUUGCUGCGGCAGCACACUCAGCCCCAAGUGGGAUGCAGUCCACCAGUGUAGUGGCCAGUCCAAAACAGGAGGCAGGGACGGAAGUGGAGUUAAACGUAGCCCCGGCGUCGGCCGAGUCCUCGGCUGCCUCUCCCAACCUGUGUGUGCGAGCAGGGUGCACCAACCCUGCUGUGGAGAGCCGGGACUGGGACAAAGAAUACUGCAGCAAUGAGUGUGUGGCCACACAUUGCAGGGACAUUUUCAUGGCCUGGUGCUCAAUCAAGAGCCAGAACUCCACAACUGUGAAGUAA